CUUUUAUCAAAAUCUAGGCAUAAUCGUGUAAACCAUCGUUUUAGAACCGUACAACGAACAAGACUUGUUCUGACCUCAUUCGACUAGCAGCCAAGAUAAGAAGGUGAAGAGUAUGUCUGAUUUGGCCCCUUUCUUAACGAAAUAUUGGAAAGAGACGACGAUAACUAUAGCUAUUGGCACGUCGGCGUUAAUCGCUUAUAAAAAAUGGACUGCUAAUAAACGACUUAAGGAGGCCACAGAUGAAGAGGAAGAUGAUAUGGACGGUAGGGAGAAGCCUGAGAGAAUGCAAUCAGAGAAUUUCGAAUCAGUUGACAACGACUUUUAUGACGACCUCGCGAAUUGUCCCGAAAAACAACUAGAAUAUCAACCAAGGAAACAGAAUGAUAAUGACUAUUAUUUUAACAGUCGCUACACUGAAGAUGAAAUGUUUACCAGAGCCAAGGAAUUUUUUAACUUGAUGAAUUUAAGACGUUCUUGUAGAUUUAUGAGUGACGCACCUGUGCCCAGAGAAGUUAUCGAAGAAAUAAUUCGAACUGCUUCAACUGGUCCGUCUGGGGCCCAUACCCAACCGUGGACUUACGUUGUUGUUCAGAAUCCUGAAUACAAGAAGGAAAUUCGUAGAAUAAUUGAAGAAGAGGAAGAAGUUAAUUACAGGAAGAGAAUGGGAAUGAAGUGGAUUAAUGAUUUAAAAAAUUUAAGAACAUCUUGGUCUUGGAAGAAGCCCUAUUUGGAAGAUGCACCAUAUUUGAUAGUCGUUUUUAAACAGGCUUACGCUCUAUCUAAUGGUCAUAGAAAAACCUUGUACUAUAAUGAAAUUUCAACUUGUAUUUCAGUUGGUAUUUUGCUUGCAGCAAUACAGAAUGUUGGACUGUGCACUUUAACGAGUACACCAAUGAAUGCUGGACCCCGCCUACGAAGCUUAUUAAAUAGACCACCAAAUGAGAAAGUUAUCUUACUUCUUCCAGUGGGUUACGCUGCUACAGAUGCAACCGUACCAGAUUUGAAAAGAAAAGAAUUGAAAGACGUCCUCAUUUGGGAAGAUUAA